GCGGAAGGGCCGGCGUCUGUGCGCAGGAGCGAGGGGAGCGCGAGGCGCGGCCGUUUGGUGGUUAGACCCUGACAGUUGGUGCGUGAGCGCGCACGCGCUGCUGCGUCGCGUCGUCCACACCUCCCCGGAAAGCUCGCCGCCUGCUCGCGCCGAGGGAGAGGGGCCCUGCGCGAGAGGCGUCCGAUGGCGACCUAGAACCCGCUGGCCCGCGGGUGGGGGGGGGAAAGGAGGUGUUUGGGUGUGGGAAACCACCGCCUUCCCCCUCCCCCCUGCACUAUCCCCCGCCCAAUAACUUCCAUAUCUCCACAUACACAAGCACCUCUCUACAACUCUUCACACUGCCCCGGGCCGUCGGAGACCGAGGGAGCCGAGAGCAGUGUUGGAGAGUGAACUUAACUCAGUUCUCCCUCCCCGCAUCGUUCGUGUGCCAUGGCACUGUGGGUGGAUAUAAGUCGACAGUAAACUUGAAAGUUUGGAAGCAGGAUGAAAACUGGUUGGUAAUGACUGCGAAUUUUAAAUUGGAUCCUAAAGAAGAGGUCUUGGAAGAUUUUAUGAUACUCCAAAGCACAGGGCCUCGAUGGUUGAAGCCAUGCCACUAACAUUAAGAGGUUGACAAAAUAAAGGAAGAUGGUCAGCAAUCAAGUUGUACUGGAGUCAAGGGCAGCCCCUAAAAACUUGUUGGAUGAAAUGCACAAACUCCGGAUUUUAUGCUACUUCUGUGAUGUAACUGUGCAGAUAGAGCACCAAGGCAACAAAGAGGAAUUUGUUGCUCACAAAGCUGUAUUGGCAGCUGCCAGCAGUUACUUUAAGGAACUGUUCCUUAAUGAAAUGGUGAACACUAAGAUUACUAUCGUUACUUUGCAAGACAUUUACACAGCAGACUUUGCCUCUUUUUUGGAUUUUGUAUAUACUGCAAAAGUCGAGGUCGAAGCCGAGAGGGUACAAAGAUUACAGGAGAUUGCAGAGAAAUUGAAGUGCAGGGAACUAGCCGAAGUUUGCAGUCAAGUAAAAUCACAGAUACUUGAGUCAGCUCUAAUGGACUUGGGCAAUUUGGCUGAUUCCCAGGGAGCAGAAGGAAUUAUAGACAAUAAACAGGACAGUGAUUGUAUUUCAAUUUCUUCUCAAAACACAUCAGCAAUUCCUUCAACAGUAGACAUUCGCCAAGUGUCCACUGCCUAUGAUAUUUCUGAUGAAGAGAAAUCUCAUGAUCAAGAUUAUAAGCCAUUGCUAGUAACCACUAGAGCCAAAGGCUGGGAAAAGUCAGAAAAAGAGAAGAAAAUGGGGAAACCUUUCAGUGGAAAGGCCAAGCGAGCCAGUGGAAGGCUGGCAGGCCGAAAAGUCUUUUUGGAAAUUCCCAAAAAGAAAUAUACUCGUAAGCUUCGUGAGCAAGAGAAGGUUGAUCAAAAUUUUGAAGAGGGAUCUGAAAAAUUGACCUGUGUAGAAGAUAACCAAGUUGAUGAAGACCAAGUGAAAAAAGAAACGAUGGCUGAAAUUGUUGAAGAUCCAGAUGAAGAAGAUGGGAUGAUGGAAGGGGACGAUGAUGAAGAUGAAGCAGAGAGUGAUAGUGAUUUUGAAUUAGAUGAGGAUACCAAAAAGACACCUGAUGAGAUUGAGAAAAAGAGAAGAGGUGGAAAUUUUAAAUGUGACAAAUGUGAGAAAGACUUUCAAUAUGAGAAGAGCUACUUGAAACACAUAGAGCAGAAUCAUGGUGUUACGCCUGAAAUAAUUUAUCGCUGUGACACUUGCAAUCAGACUUUUGCUAACCGCUGUAACUUAAAAAGCCACCAAAGGCAUGUCCAUGUUGAAGAGCGUCGCUUUCCAUGCUCACUUUGUGGUAAAAAGUUUAAAAGGAAAAAAGAUGUGAAGCGGCAUAACCUUCAGGUUCAUGAGGGUGGUGGAGAGCGUCACUUAUGUCUGCAAUGUGGUAAAGGACUGAGUUCCAAAACUGCUUUGAGACUCCAUGAAAGGACACACACUGGAGAUAAGCCUUAUGAGUGCACGGAAUGUCAUGCUAAAUUUUCUCAGCCAUCUGCACUGAAGGUGCACUUGAGGGUCCAUACCGGUGAAAAACCAUUUGCCUGUGAUGAAUGUGGUGCCAGGUUCACACAGAAUCAUAUGUUGAUAUAUCACAAGAGAUCUCACACAGGUGAAAGACCAUUUAUGUGUGAAACAUGUGGCAAGAGUUUUGCUUCUAAGGAGUAUCUGAAACAUCACAACAGAAUCCAUACUGGAUCAAAACCAUUUGUUUGUGAGAUCUGCUACCGUGCUUUUGCACAGAGAAAUUCUCUUCAUCAACAUCUUAGAGUUCAUACAGGUGAGAGGCCUUACUGUUGUGAUCAGUGUGGAAAGCAGUUUACACAGCUGAAUGCCCUACAACGUCACUAUCGCAUACAUUCAGGAGAGAAACCUUUUAUGUGCAGUGCAUGUGGGAGGACCUUUACUGAUAAAUCUACGCUCAGAAGACAUGCUUCGGUUCAUAACAAGAAUGCACCAUGGCAAUCCUUCCUUGUCAUCUUGGAUGAGGGCUCUAAAAAGAGCCAUAUUCAAAGAACAGAUCUCCAUCCAUUUGUGGAUUGUGAGCAAGUUGCCCCCUCAGAAGCACAAGAAUCAGUGACUUGUACAGAAAUACUCAAUGACCAAAAUACAGUCACGCUCCAUGGAAACAUCUCUUCACAUGAACAAAACACAUCUGGUACUUCAGAUUGGAGGUCAGCUGGUUUGCCUUCCAUCACUAUGGUAACUCAAGCAGCCUCCAUGGCAGCAACUUUUAAUGAGCUUGCAGUACUCCAUGCACCAACCGAUUCAGUGCAGCCUCACUUGCAUAUCUUGGCAAAUGUUGAACAGUUAGGUGCUGGAAGUACACAAGCUGUAGUGCUUGACAAUAACACAUUGGAAAAAAAUGGGACCCCUACCACAAGCAUUGUGACUACAAUUUCUGUGCCUGCAUGUCUAGCCAUGACGAGUCACAUCAGUAAUAUAUUAACACAUGGAGCUGGGGUUGGGCAAAUGCAGAGUGGAACACCUGUCACCAUAUCAACAGGUUCUUCACAGCUAACUGUUAUGCAGACUGAUAAUCUAUCAACAUUGCAGAGUACUGUAAAUGGAGUGACCAGUAUACAGAAUAUUCACAUCUAAACUAAUAUUAACCAGCGGUGUUGUUUCCAUCAGCCCAUAGACUUGUGGAUUAAUUUUAAAUGAUCAAAACUUAAAUCUUGCAAGUGAAAAAGAAAUAAGUCACAUUUUGUCAACCUUUUAGUUAUCUGUAAAAUAUUUGCAGUUUUUAUUCACUAGUUGCAGCGUAUAAUCUGGAGCAUCAUGAACACCGGUUUAUUUCCUUAACUCCUUUUGAAGCUCUCAAGGCUGCAAUUUAUUUUUUGUUCCACUUUUUCCUGUUACCUUUUCUGCUGGGCUUUCUGGGAAUUUGUUUUUAAAGAGAAGAUGGUUUUAGUAACCUGUUGAAGUUUGACAAUUGGAUGUUGAGCAUCAAAAUAUCUUUUAACCUAGUGAUUUGAUAGGUCCUUUGGAGCAAAUCACGGGAUGCUAAUUGUUUAAAUUGUCGUAUUGCACAAUAUUUUUUCCAAAUCAGUCAUUAAGUUUGGCAUACUAUAGUCUUUGAUAACAAACUGCAUCUUUAAGUUUUCAUAAAAAGAAUCUGUUUGGCUGGCAAUGGGCAAGUGUGGUUUCUUUUUUGGUUAUCCAUCAUGUUUCAGGUCCAUAGCUUUAUGAUGUGGGUAGCAGUAUUUACAUCCCAGAUUCCCCCAUAGAAAUGCACGUGCCUUUUAAUACUAUGUAGGUGGAUGAGUAGUUUGAGGGAAGCUUUGCUGUUUGAGUUCACAUUUUAAUGAUAAUGUCAUAACACAUGUUUAAAAGAUUCCUUUUAAGGUCAAAAGUUGCCACCAAAAUGUUGGAGCUAUUGUAAAUCCUAAAUCAGAAUGAUAAUUAAACCUGUAAAAUGUAUAAAGUGGUCAUUUAAAGUGUAUUAGGCACAUGGAGAAUAUUUGUAGUAGGAGAAAUCUGCUUCACUAUAUCAUUAACUAUAAUAUUAGGGGUUUGUGAUCAUCUUGUAAACUUGUAUUGAACUUUAAUAUAAAUUGGUUUUGUGAAUCUCUAUAAUACAGUUGUAGAGAUUGUCAAGUAAAAAUGACAUGCAGUUCUUUUUAAAAAACAAUUUGGGUAAUUUAUGCUGUACUGUUCUCUUUGUAUCUGUGUGCAUUAACUUAUUGUCUUAACAGCUUCUGAAAUGCUUUGCAGGAGAUCAUUUAUUUUCCUGAUUCUUUUGUUUCAGUUUGUGAGCACUCUUGAAAAGGCAUGUGAUGGAGUUUCUGGAAUUUGUAAACAACAAUGUGUCCUCUCAAUAAUGGACAAGUCUCUUAUCAAAUUGGCCAGACUUUAAACAAGUUUAUUUCAGUCCCAUUAUCUGGCUCUUUUAAAAAGAAACUUUAGAAAUUAUUCCUGUAAUUCAAUGUGGUGAUAACCACCAUUUGUUUUACCUAACUAUUUGAAAGAGUUUGUUGUACUUUAGAAUGAGAAAGGUAGUUGUAACUUUCUUUUUCUCCCCUUUAAUGAUUAAAGGUUGUCCAUCUCCCUCACAAGAUAAAUGCUCCUUGACCUUAUAUGGAGGAUCUUGUAACCUUAAAGCAAUGUCUCAUUCAAACACAAUAACAGCAGAAUGAUGUACAUUACAUGACAUAAACAAAUUAUUUUACGAUUGUAGAAUAUACUCACUAGUAACCUGUUACAUCCUCCACUUACCUCUAGAACAGAAAGCUUCUUACCAACACCAGAAUUUCCAUAUUAGAAUAUGGAAUGUUAAUUGCAAGGGUUGGAAAACAUUUCAGAGCCUAUGCACGCUCUCUAAAGGAGUGUGUUGUAAGGUGCUGGUGAUGAGAGUCAUCAACUCUUUUCUUUGCUAGUUGUUCACGUGACCUGAAAUUUAUAAAUUUUCAUAUACUUUGUUAUUCAUGACAAAACAAUAAGUAUUUAUUUAAUUUAUAUGCCAAGCCUCUACCCUCUACAGUUAAUCAUCCUUCAUUCCUAAGCAGUUAUUCUUUUUAAUUGUCUUAAUGUUUAAUAUGCUUGAAAGUUCUUAAUUGUUUAAAAAUUCUCCAUCACUUACAAGUUAUCUUUUUCAAAAAAUCUUUUAGUAUUUCUGAUCUCCAGUUUCAUCUAGUGCAAAUUAAGAUCAGCAAUAAAGUUAAUAACAAGCCUACCUUUUAAUUUUAAUCUCUAGUAAAAAUAGAGCUUCUCCCAUAAAAAUCUACCAGUUUUGAUGUUUGGAUUUCCUGCUGCUGUCCAUAGACUUGCUUGUUAACAUUUUUGCCCAAAAAUCUGAAGCAAGAUCCUUGCCAAUUUUUGCAAAGGUAUGGUUUUACUGUUGUUCCAAAUGAAAAUGGGCCUCCUCUUGUAGGGUCAGCAUCACGUCCUUCAUAGUUCCUUGCUUAUUUAUGAAUCACAUGGGCAUUAUUUGCAUUUAUUGUCCAUCUCUAAUUUCCUGUGACAAGAUGAUGGUGAGUUGUGAGAUUGAAUUGCUGCAGUCCACAUGCAACAGGUGCACCCACAGUGCUUUUUGGGCAGGUGUUCCAGGAUUUUGACCCUGUGACAGUGAAGGAACAGGAACGUGCUUCAAGUUAGAAUGGUAUAUGACCUGAUGCAGAGCCCACAUGAGAUGUUCCCAUGCAUCUGUUGCCCUUGUUUUCCUGGGUGGUAGAUGUUAUAGGUUUGGUAGGUGCUACCGAUGCCAUAGUGAGUUGCUGCAGUAAUUCUUUUGAAUAUUUUGCACGUUCAUCAAUGUACCACUCAUUCCUGACACCAUUUAUUUUUGAUAUUGGCUGGUAUUUUGUUCACCUAUUUCCCAAUUUAAGG